AUGUUUCUUCUCAAUCGCCUUCGCCGGGCUUCCCGAGGGAUUUCCAGGCCAUCAAUGCGCCUCUUCGCCUCGUUCCCGAGUCAAGCGGACGCCCCCAUGCCCAGUGGAGCCACAAAGGGAAUCGUUGUGGGCAUUUAUGAGCAUCCGGAGAAGGACUACGUGUUCACAGAGUGCGGCGAGGAAGUGGACGGGAAGCUGAGGGGGCGGCUGAAGAACGAGAUCGAGCGCUGCGGCCUCAAGGGCAAGAGUGGCGAGGUGAAGGUGCUCAACGGACUCUCCGGAGAUUUCUACUCCGUGGCCAUUGUCGGACUAGGAACCAAGGAAGUGGGCUUCAGCGUGCCGGAGUCCCUCGAUAUGGGACUGGAGAAUGUGAGAGUGGCCGCGGCGCUGGGAGCGCUCAAGUUGCGGGACGAUUGCGUGGCGGAGAUCAGUCUGGAUCCGAUGGGACAUCCCGAGGAGGUGGCCGAGGGUGCCACGCUGGCGCUCUGGGAGUAUCAGGACAACCGUCGCGUGGAGGAUCGCCAGCGCGCAGUGGCGCUCGAGUGCUACAAUUGUCUGGACGAGGACGCGUGGACGAGGGGUCUAUUCAAGGCGGAGGCGCAGAAUCUGGCCAGGAAGCUGGCCGAAGCGCCCGCCAACCAAUUGACGCCCACAAUCUUCGCUCAAGUCGCCACGGACAGUCUCUGUCCAUGCGGAGUGACUUUGGAUGUGCGCGGCGCCGACUGGAUCGCCGCUCAGCGCAUGACGGCGUUCAUGGCGGUGGCCAGGAGCUCUUGCGAGCCACCGGCCCUGCUCGAGGUGAACUAUGCCGGGAGUGAGCCCGGAGAGCGUCCCAUUGUGCUCGUCGGCAGCGGAAUCACCUUCAACAGCGGCGGUCUGUGUCUGAAGUCCCUGCCCGAGAUGGAAUACGAGAGGGCGACCAUGAGCGGCGCCGCUGUAGUCAUGGCGGCCGUGCGAGCAGCCGCCGCCCUGUCUCUGCCCAUCAACAUCCGCGCCCUGAUCCCACUCUGCGAGAACAUGCCAUCGGGAAUGUCCUUCAAGGUAGGCGACGUCUUUCGCUGCUCCAACGGAAAGUCCGUGGCCGUUCACGACACCGGAAAUGCCGAGACUCUCAUCAUGGCGGACGCCUUCGCCUACGCCAUGCAGAUCUACAAGCCCAGGCUGGUGAUGGAUCUGGCCACGAUGACGCGCAAGGGCAAUCUGCUGGGCAGCACGGCGUCUAGCGUCUUCACCAACUCGGACGCCAUGUGGAAGGAGCUGCAGAAGGCGGGCGCCAUCACGGGCGAUCGCGUGUGGCGCUUCCCUUUGUGGAAGACCUACACGCGCCAGAUCAGCAACUUCACCAACUACGACUUGAGCAACCGCGGCGACGGUCAAGCCUACACUUGUCGCAAAGCGGCCUUCCUCAAGGAAUUCAUCGGUGAUUCUGAGUGGAUUCACAUGGACAUUGGUGAGGCUGGCUUGGUGUCUCCGCACAACUUCGUCCCUUACUAUCGUCAAGGCAAAAUGACUGGUCGUCCAACACGUGCGCUCAUACAAUUCCUCUAUCAACUUGCGUGUCCCGAACAAAUCACGGAUUUGAGAGAAAUGUAA